AUGACUGAAUACAAGAGAUGUCCUUCUUGGUAAGAUUUAGCUUAUGAUUGAGUUUGGAACAAGUUUUGUCUACUAAUUUCCUGCUCCAUUCACUUUAUUGUGAAAGAAACAUUGUUCAAUGUGAAUUAUGCGAUCAACGUAUAGAUAUUAAUGAAAAAGAAGAACACAUGAUAUUACAUUAAAAAGUAAAUAUUUUAUCUAUUUUAACUUAGAAACCAUGUUUCUAUUGUCAUCUAAACUACGAAUAGCAUCUCUUAUAAACACAUUAGAAAAAUUGUUCAAAUAAGCCAUUAUUGUGUGUCUAUUGUGAUUUGAUGAUAAACUAAUAAGAAAUGGCAUAACAUCAAGCUAAAUGUGGAUCCAGAACUGAAUAAUGUACUAUUUGUAAAAAGCACAUCUAAAAAAAAGGUAUAAAUAUAUUGAGGCUUUUUAGAAUUUGAUAUUCAUAUAUCUAUUUGUUAAUAACCUUCUCCUCCCUCUCCUAAAAGAGAAAAACUUAAACAAAAGCUUUGUGAAAGUUCAGAUGAUCUUUCAGUAUAAGAAAUAAAGCCAAAUCCUUAAUAAAAGCGUCCAUAAAAGAAGUAGAUCAAGAACUGUGCUCAAAAUUAAAAAAAAGAAUAAAAAGAUUAAAAGUAAUAAUUCUAAAAGGGUUUCUUGGAUGAUGAUGAAGAUGAAGAGCUUCAAAAAGUAUUAUAGUAGAGUUUGAAUUAAAAAUGAA